AUGGAGAUGUUGAAGCAGAUCCAGGUGAACAUUUCACUGAUUGAUGCCUUAAGGGAGAUGCCCGGUUAUGCAAAAAUGAUGAAGGACUUGAUGUAUCGCAAGUUUGACUUUCAAGACUUGGCAAUUGUGACACUAACCCAGACUUGUAGUGCUGUUAUAAUAAGACCUAUAGCGGAGAAGCUAUUCGACCCAGGGAGUUUCACAAUUCCGUGCACCAUAUGCAGCGAUGCUUUUGCCAAAGCAUUGUGUGAUUUGGGGGCGAGCAUAAACCUGAUGCCCUUGUCUAUAUAUAAAAGGUUAGGCAUUGGAAGGGCAAGAUCCACAUCCAUGUUACUACAGCUAGCCGACCGAACGGUGAAGAGGCCAUCAGUUGAUGAAGAGAUCCCCAUAAUUUUGGGGAGUCCAUUCUUGGCCACAUGGAGAGCUUUAAUUGAUUGUGAAACUGGGGAGCUAAAGAUGAGACUAAACGAUGAAGAAAUAAUGUUCAAUGUGCAAAAGUCUAUGCGGCGACCCAGUAAGUUUGCUAACUGCUCUUUGAUUGAAGCCGUGGAUGUGAUUCUGGAGGAGGAAAAUGAGGCACUGAACACAAAAGACCCUCUAGUAGCCUGCCUGAUAAACUUAGAAGAGGUAGAUGGUGAGGACUUGGCAGAGUAUGCUUUCUUAGGACCUAGUUCGACAUUUCCUGUUAUUAUCUCAUCUGUUUUGUUAGAUGUGCAAGUAGAACAAAUUUUGCAGAUUCUGAAGGAGUGUAAGACUGCAAUUAUGUGGACCAUUGCAGACAUAAAAAGUAUCAGUCCAACAUUAGGUAUGCAUAAGAUUCUACUGGAAGAUGGGCACAAACCUUCUAGAGAACAUUAA